GAGGCUUUUCGCGCCGCCGCCGUUGUUGCCGCCGCCGCGGGAGCCCGGGAGGGGAGCGGUUCCCCGGCCUCGUCGCCCGCUCUCCUGCUGCGGUAUUAGGAAGAGGAAGCGCCCUCAUAAUGGCCACCAGCACGACGGGCUCUACGCUGCUGCAGCCCCUCAGCAACGCCGUGCGGUUGCCUGUCGACCAGGUCAACUUUGUGGUGUGCCAACUGUUUGCCUUGCUGGCAGCCGUCUGGUUCCGGACGUACCUGCACGCCAGCAAGACCAGCCCCUUCAUCAGGCACGUCGUGGCAACCUUCCUGGGCCUUUACCUUGCACUUUUCUGUUUUGGAUGGUAUGCCUUACAUUUUGUUAUACAAAGUGGAAUUUCCUACUAUAUCAUGAUCAUAAUAGGAGUGGAAAAUAUGCACAAGUACUGCUUUGUCUUUGCUCUGGGAUACCUCACCGUGUGCCAAAUCACCAGAGUCUAUAUCUUUGACUAUGGGCAGUAUUCUGCUGACUUUUCAGGCCCAAUGAUGAUCAUUACCCAGAAGAUCACCAGUCUGGCAUUUGAGAUUCAUGAUGGGAUGUGUCGGAGAAAUGAAGAUUUGACUCCCUCCCAGAGGUGCUUGGCUGUAAGACGCAUGCCAAGUCUACUGGAGUAUUUAAGUUACAACUGUAAUUUCAUGGGUAUCCUGGCAGGCCCGUUAUGCUCUUACAAAGACUAUAUUACUUUCAUUGAAGGCAGAUCAUACCAACCGCCACAGCCGGCAGCCAACGGGAAGGAAGACUCAAAGUGCGAGCAAACGGAGCCCUCCCCCAACAUGGCCGUGGCACAGAAGCUCUUAAUCUGUGGACUCUCUUUGCUCUUCCACAUGACCAUUACCCAAACUUUGCCUGUGGAGUACAACAUUGAUGAGCACUUCAGAGCUACAGCUUCCUGGCCUGUAAGGUGUUUCUACCUGUACUUGUCUCUCAUGGCUGCCAGACCCAAGUAUUACUUUGCAUGGACUUUAGCAGAUGCAAUAAAUAAUGCAGCAGGGUUUGGCUUCAGAGGCUACGACAAAACUGGAGCUACACGUUGGGACCUCAUCUCAAACCUGAGGAUCCAGCAGAUAGAGUUUUCCACAAGUUUCAAGAUGUUCCUUGAUAACUGGAAUAUCCAAACAGCUCUUUGGCUGAAAAGAGUGUGCUACGAGCGAGCCACCUUCAGCCCCACGAUCCAGACCUUCAUCCUCUCUGCCAUCUGGCACGGGGUCUACCCUGGAUACUAUUUAACCUUUCUAACAGGAGUGCUGAUGACACUGGCAGCACGAGCUCUCAGAAACAACAUCAGGCACUACUUUGUGGAGUCUGCUGCUGUCAAAGCAUGUUAUGACGUCGUCACGUGGGUGACAACUCAAGUAGCAAUCAGUUACACAGUGGUGCCAUUUGUGCUGCUCUCUGUGAAGCCCUCUCUCACCUUCUACAGCUCCUGCUAUUUCUGCCUUCACAUCGGCAGCAUCCUGGUCUUGUUGGUUUUCCCAUUGAAAAGAACUCAAAAGAGCAGUAAAAAGCAUGAAAACCUCCAACCAGCCUGGCCCAGAAAACUUGAAGAAGAAAACCUUUUGCAAAAGAACAAUUAUUCCACAACAAAUCAUAGUUUCAGCCAGAGCCAAGAAAUCAGCUGCAGAUAUCAAGCCCUGAAGCAGUGAUGGGAGGAUUGCUCUGCCCAACCGAUUUUGUAUGUUUUCAGCAAAACCCAUUUCUAGCACCUUUUCAGGGGGUUUGUAUUCGUUUGCAAAGAUGUUUAGUAAGACAAGAAUGCAUUACCUAGGAAAUCACAUCCACUAGCAAGACUGGAAACAAAAACCAAUUAACCCCUCCCAUGCCAUUGUCCCCUGUGGGUCACGCCUUACCCGAAGACGUUACCAGGAUCUCGGUGGGCACUCAGGACUUGCGAUGGAUGUCCGUGGGGGUGUCCUCUGUGUGCCCUUUGCUGAAUGUACCUUGUGUAUCCCAAGGCACUGAUGGUGUGGAAUCAAAUGGUGUCCAUCUAGGAUGAACAAAUGGAAAGGGAUUUUUUUUCCCAAGGGAAUGACUUGCCUUAAACCCUCGACUUACUGAAAGAUUGUUUCCAAGUGAGGUGUUUUCAAGGCUGGUUUCGUCUGGCGAGCAUAAUGCAAACAUUUAAUGCUCUAAAGAAGGUUAAAAUAGGGAGAGUGAAGUCAUGAGGAGGCUUUGGAGUCUCCAAAAAGGGAAUUGCAAUAAAGCAUCUCAGUAUUUGGAGGGUUUGCUUAAAGUAUCUCAAACUAUUACAGAACUGUAAAUGUUCCUAAUGCCAAAUUACAGUUAGGGUUCUUCGAAGAGAUAAUUAGAACCCUUCUGAGUGGAUUAAAAACAAGACACCUGAAGGUU